UCUAGACGAGACAUCCCGUUCCCACGUUCUCUGCCGCUGCAGAAGUCGUCAGCUGUCCGGGUCGCCUUGAAUAAUGAAUGACGAAGAGCGUGACAGGGACGCCGAGAGCAACGAGGACAGGGCGCGCCACAACGCGAUGGAACGAAGUAGAAGGGAUCAGAUCAAGUACAGCUACAUCGGCCUACGGGACGCCCUACCUGAUCUACGAGGGACGAAGGCGUCUCGGGUCCAGAUCCUGAGUAAAGCGGCAGACUACAUCUACGCGAUGCGGUGCAAGAAUGCUGCCAACCGACGGGAUAUCGAGGAGCUCAAGAACCACAACAAAUACCUCGCCCUGCAAAUCAGGAAGAAGAUCAUGGCAAUGAAUAAAGCCAAGCCAACCAACGGUGGGCACUCUUGCACUGGUGGCUCCGCAUCUGAUGGGAAUUUGGCCACUACCUCCAACGGUGGCGAAAGUGUGGACAACGGCUCCGCACCGCUGUAGUCUGCACAGCCGACCGGCCUAAUCCGCAGCGUGGACGGCGUGUUGCGGAUGCACUGCUUUCUGGAACCGCGGGAAGCCUCUUAUGCGGGUCAAGGGAACUCAAGAGCGCGAACCGAACGUCAUCUUACCGUCGGCGGCUGUUCAACCGAACAAGAAGCACCGUUAUUUCGAACGUGGACACGACCACAAGUAAGCGACGGUAGGCACGUAGGCUCAUCUCGAUGCCGGUUUUGCAGACUCAGUGUCAAAACGCUUCGCAAUGAAGGUACUUCUCGGUGUACUGCCGCGUUGGCUACAAGCUGAUCGACGAAAGCCUUCGGCGGUUGGCGUGUAGAUGAUCAGCGUUGCAACCAACCGUGCACUUGCGCAUGUGACGAUCGUCUGACAGCACUGCGUCAUUGACUGUUGCGGCUCUCUUGCAAGAAUCGGCUCUCGCGUGGACAUAAAUGACCCUAGCAUAUUUGCGGCGAUCCCGUGUUUCUACUUUUGUGCCUCCCCUUUGGUUCCUUGUGCAUCAGAACUCGACAACUCGUCUUCGUCAAA